AUGGACGCUCACACCCUCAACGCAUGGACCCGCUUUGCGCUUCAAAAGGGCGGCAUCGGCUCUUGCACAGCUCUCAUCGACAAUCCUGCUUCCGAACCAGAAGAUCUCAUGUUCAUGGCCGGCGAAAAGAUUGUCGUACUUCGCAGACUCGACGACGACUCGUUCAACGCCAACCCUCGUCCCACCAGCAGCACCAGCGCUUCGCUCCACAAGAGCAAGAGUGAUCUGCUCCCCGACUCGGACGCCUGGUUCCUCGGCUACUGCGAAGGUGUCGUUGGCCGUUUCAAGGGCGCCCACGUUCAGUUUCAUGCCCGCCUCAAAAAGCCCGUUCUAAUGCGGCGCAGCGGUGCAGGCGCCAUCCGCGACUCGAGCAUGCGUCCCAUGUCCAAGAGCGAGGCUGCAAAGAUGCACCUCUCUCAAGUGCCCGCCGGUAUCCCGUUCACCGCCGUCAACUCGGACGGCGAGGAGGAUGCUCUCUCGCCCGUCGACCGCCGCCAACAAGCUCUUGCCUUGCCCACGGCGCCAUCCAACGCAUCCUUGGCUUCAUCUGCGGUGCCCCACCAGCCCACCACAUCCUCCUCCUCCUCCUCAUCAUCAUCAUCAUCAUCAUCAGCAGCAGCAGCAGCACCCGCCUUCAAGCAAGGCAGGUUCGGCCUCACAACACCGCCGCUCUCAGAUGAAGGCCACCUUCGUAAGCAAUCCAUCCCUCGCAGACCCGUUCAAGAAAAUGAUGACGACUCGGAUGACUCGACUUCGCUUCUUCCCUGGGCCAGGCACAGCAGAGAGAGCAGCACCGCUUCAUCCUCGAGUCCGGUUCGCAAGCCGUCUGCGCUUCCCACGCGCAACGACUCGCUCAUUCGUCCGUCCGCGCCCACUCGCUCUUCAUCUGCUUUCAGCCAGCAAUACAACACGCACAAGCACGCACAAGCAGCGCACACACUGCCCACCAUCCACCACCUCCCGCCUUCACCCAUCUCUUCUACCGAGUCUCCGGUGCACACCGAGUCCAAAUCGGCGCUACCCUCCAUCACAACCACUUCCACUGCUCAAUCCGACGCUUGUUCUGCCAACACCUCGGCUGACACAACCAUCACAGCCAACAGCACAGCCGCCGACUUGGCGUCGCGCACCUCGUGUACCUCGUCCAACAGCACCACCUCGACCAACGACGACUCGGACGACGAGAACGGCGUUGGCAAUCGUCGCAGGGACUACGCCUUUUCCAUCUACGACGUAUACGGACGCGACUCGGUUGCUUUUCCCAAUUUUGAUUUCCGUCAGUACGGGAGCAAGACUUCGCUCGCAAAGCUUGCCGCUUCCAGGUCGUCCGAGUCGCUCAACGUGCACAGCCAGCGCUCCUCGAGUGCCACCGAAGACCGCUUGCAGCUGCAGCUGCCGCCGUCGCCGCAGCAGCGAGGCCAGCACCUUCAACCACAGCCUGCUUCCAAGAACGAGGCUUUGCGAGCAGCGCAGCAACAAGGGCAGCCAACGCAACACCAAGCGGCUGCCAUGAUUGCUGGUGCUGCUCCGCGCCGACCUGGCCAACUCAACGUGCCUGCUGCUAACGACGCCGCUAUCCUACUCGCUUUGCGCUCACCAUCAGGUCGACGUCCUAGCGCUGCACCCGAUCCGAGGGCGGCACCCUCCGCUGGCGUACGUGGUCCGCUCAACAUGGCGUCGAGUCUGCGCCGUCAAGUCGAAACGCCUUCUGUCGCAACCGACGCUGCAGCUGUCUCGCCUCUCGAUGCCGCAGGUGCCGCUAUGGCUGCCAACUCGGCGAAUCGUGGACCCGGCGCUUUUGAUCCUCGUCGACGUCCUUCUCAGACCAACCCUACUCCACCUGCUCGCAUGCAGCCGAGUACGCUGCCUCCCAUCUACACCGGAGUUUCCAGCACAUCAGUCUCGUCAACCACAUCUUGCUCUGGCUAUGGUUCUGGCUCAUCGCCAUCUACGUCAGGUAGCGCCACCAACACCCAAGAUUCUGGCUUCAUGCAUCGACCCGGCUUUGCAGAGGCGCGUCAACAUCGCCGCUCCAUGUCGCUGGGCUCGCUCAACAAGCUCGACAAUCUUUCGCUCAAUGAUGAAGCGCACACGAACGCACCACCAUCAAUGCCACCACCCGCGCAGCUCAACGGGCCCGGCUCGGCCAACACGUCACGCCCCAGCUUCCGCGCCUCGGCGAGCUCUUCGCGCUCGCGCAACGGUCCAGCAACGUCUCCGGGACUGGGACCCGUGCGUGCAUCGUCAGACCGAUUGUCAGCGCGCGAGAAGGUCAACUCCGGUCAAGGAUCCGGCCUGCUGCGUAAAAACCCAUCGAACCCUACUCCCGGCCUCCAUGGCGGCAGCGGUGUCCACGGACUCGCUCCCAUGGCAGCGCCAAGGAGUGCUAGUCCCAUGAGCCAGCUCAGCGCACCUUCACCUGUCACGGAUGCGAGCCGACGUGGAAGUUCGGCGAGCACCGGCGCUUACUCUACGGGACCUCGCAGCCCUCAACUCCGCAGUCCGCUCGGCAUGCCCAUGCCUCCUGGACCAUCCUCGGCUCCAGUUACACCCGGCAGUGCUGGUCCACAUAGCAACGGCAUGUUUGGCUUCCCCGCUUCGCCUGGAUUGGUCACCAGCCCUGGUGGUAUGGGCAACCGAUUCGAUGCGAUGGGCUUCAUUAUCGAGCCCGGGGUUGUGCCGUCGCUGCCACCGAGCGAUGAUCCUGAACUGCGCGAAAAGUGGUUGGCAGUGCUGGCAGAAAAUGACGUCGCAGCUGCGCAGAAGAGCCGAAAGGUCAAGAAGCUGGUGCGCACUGGUGUGCCUGGUUCAGUGCGACGCGAGGUAUGGCUCUUCCUGGCCAACGCCUCGGUGCGUCGUCGACCUGGUCUAUUUGAACAGCUUUGCAAGACGUCACAGGGAACCAAGGGCAAACGUGGCAAGGAGGAGGCGUACGAGACGAUCGAAAAGGACCUCCAUCGCACCUUGCCCGACCACCGACUGUUCAUGGGCGAUAACGCGACGGGUCGAGCUGACCUUGAGGGCAUCCUCAAGUCGUAUGUCCACUUCAAUCCCAUGUUGGGCUACACGCAGGGUAUGGGCUUGCUGGCCGGAUUUGCGCUAAUCCAGAUGCCAGCCGAGGAUGCCUUUUGGCUUCUCUGUGCAGUGCUGCGAAACCCACAGAUGGAAGAGUACUACUCUGCAGGUAUGAAGCAGUUGCAUGUGGAUAGCGUCGUGUUUGACAACUUGCUCAAAACGAUGGAUCCUGAACUGCAAGCGCGCUUCGAAGAGGCAGGAUUGCAGUCGAUCAUGUUUACGCCCAACUGGUUCCUUGCGCUAUUUACGCGCGUUUUGCCUUGGACGACGCUGCUUCGUGUCUGGGACGUGUUCUUCUACGAAGGUCCCACAUGGAUGCUGCGCGUUGCACUGGCCAUUGUUCGUAUCUUGCGCGAACAGCUCGUGGACCAACAGGCUUGUCCGACGGCCGGUGAGAUGCUGCAGCUGCUGCUUCACCCUCCUCCGCACAACCUGACGGUGGAAAAUGUGCUCAACUGCGCUUUCAGUGUCAAGCUCAAGGACGGAGAGAUGCGCAAAUUGAGCAGAACGGCGAGCAAGUUGGUUCGAGAGAAGAACUUUUUGAACCAGCCCGCGGAUGCUAGAGGAAGAGCCUCGGUGAGAAGGGCUGCGAAAAAUGCGAGGAGCACCAGCGCUCCUGCUAAACGGUGA